AUGUCUCGGCCCAACUCUUCAGAGAAAACAGCAAAUAGGAACUUACUUCCCGAAGAGGUUGGCUUUCUAGUCCCCGAGGCCUUGAUUCAGGACGGUUGCAGCUUGUCCAAUGCUGCUGCAGUGUCGCGAGAAUGGCAGAGUAUUAUCGAGCCGCAUAUAUUUACCCGGAUCAUGUUGACACCAUCACCUCCAAGACCUCAACCGAAUAAGCCAUCGCAAUCGGCAUCUUCUUUGCAUGGGGCUAGAAGAAUACGACUGCUCGAAGUGCAAGAACAAUGA